CCUCUGUCUUUGCAACUCUCGUUGCCUCCACCACUACCCUUAAUUGAUCUCUGCGCCUCGACAUUCACGACAACCACUCUGCCUAGUUGCUCUCGACCAGCCACGUCUUUUGUUCCUCGAACACAAUAUCGCUCCUCUCAGACUCGACGGCGCAGGCCUGCGCACCCCUCACAGCCAUGAUCUCUCUUCCCGAGAUGCCCCGUCCAAAGACCUUCCUUCAUAUCAUGUCAUUGCGCUCCGGCGCUGAGCUCAUAACCCUCACCAUUCUCAUCAACAAGGUGUCUGGAUUCUACGGUCUCCUCGCCAUUUUGACCGGCCUGGAGCUUUCUACGACACAGCUUACAAUGUACCUUUACUCAGUCGGCGCUCUCAUCCUGACGAUAUACCUCUUCCCAUUCAUUCGCACAGGAAGCCCACUUCAGUGUAUGGCUCUAGCAUACUUCUAUGUCAUCGACAGCAUCAUCAAUGCCGCAUACACGGUCGCAUUUGGCGUCGCAUGGUUUCUGGUGCUGGCAAAUCACCCGGAAGACUCCGCGGGCAAAGCUCCGGGAAGCGGCACGAUAGACAAAACUGCAGGAUUCACCAGUCCAGGCCCGGAAAUCAACGCCAGCGAGGUAGAUGUUGUACCAGUGCCGAAGCCAGGCAUGCAGCCGGGGGUAGAUGCUGCGACUUUUGCUCAUGGAGUGACGGACGCACCCGCUGGACUUGGCAAUGCGGUGUUUCAAAGCGGGAGCAUCAUGUCUGUGUCUGCGAUUGCAUUUCUCUGGGCAAUCCGCAUCUACUUUAUUGUUAUCAUGCUCGCAUAUGCUCGUACUGUCCUUCGCCAACAUAUCGCCACCACCUCAUCUACUUCUUCCUGGGGUAGUGCUGGCACUGGUACGGACUCAUCAAAGGGCACAAUGGCUGAAAAUCCAUUCGAAGAUCAUCGUGAAGAAGGUCUAGGUUGGAAGGGCAAACUGGGCCGCGCGAUGCUCAGAGCGGGCCCCAAGUACUGGCUUGGUGCCGCGGAGGACGAGCAGUGGACCAAGAGCGUCAGCACGAGAUUCAACCGGAAGCAUAACAACAACAACCUUAGCGUAGACACAAACGCUACAGGAGAAAGAGAGCGAAGGCGAAGGAGUGGAACUGGACCUCCUGCACCACCACCAAUGCCACCUUUUGUGAAUAACACUGAGACAAGAUAAGCACAGUCGAGGAGAAGUUCGAUGGAAAGGGAUUUAUGGAAAGAAAUAAUAGCGAAUGCAAGGUAUUCAUCGAAUGCCGGCGUUCGUGCAUCCACCGCUCGCUGCAUGCAGAAUAGGGUUUUGGACAUCACCGACGGCGUUUGAAGGGCUUUCGCAUGUACGGUUGCAUUGGAUUGACGACAUGAUCGUAACAGCAUUCAGACUUCCAGAGAAUUGUUCUGAGAGCAUUUGUACCAGCCGAGCGACUAUCAACUUCAGAUUCAAAUUAGCAUUUGUUCUCCGCGUACUUAAUUGAAUCGUGCUUAUGUCUUCGGAUUAUGUUGAAUACGAUAAUUCGGUGUCACGCACCACCAUAGAGUAGCAUUGUAGUGAAUGAAUCAGCCAUGGAUCACUAUCUG